CCUGGCCUGUCUCAUUUUACACUUCUUCCUUGGGCAGAUUCUCUUCCAGAAAAGGCCACUACAGGGGACCUGAAGCUUGUACUGAGGACCAGGAGGUUGCAGCAUUCCAGUCUGGGAAGACUCAAGGGGUACCGGGGACUCCCAAGAGACCAAAGUGACUGAAGGAUGGUGCUGGUGGCCUUGCUUGGACUCAGCUGGUUCUGUUCACCCUUGGGAGCACUGGUUCUGGAUUUCAACAACAUCAAGAGCUCCACGGAUGUGCAAGGCACUGGGAAGGGCUCACAGUGUGCAUCAGACAAGGACUGCAGCGUAGGAAGAUUCUGCUUCGCGCUGCAUGAGGAGAAGUCAUUCUGUGCCACGUGCCGCAGAAUCCGCAGGAGGUGCCAGAGGAGCGCCAUGUGCUGCCCGGGAACCGUUUGUGUGAAUGAUGUCUGCACUGCAGUGGGAGACACAAGGCCAGCAAUGGGCGGAAACACUGAUGGUCAAGAUGGCGCCUCUGCAGAAGAAACCGCCAAAUGGCCAGCAGAAGAAAACAGACCCCAGGGGAAGCCCACUGUUAAGAAAUCACAAAGCAACAAGGGACAGGAGGGAGAAAGCUGUCUUAGAACUUCCGACUGCGGCCCUGGACUUUGCUGUGCUCGGCAUUUUUGGACAAAAAUUUGCAAGCCGGUUCUACAAGAAGGACAAGUCUGCUCCAGGAGAGGACAUAAAGACACUGCCCAAGCCCCAGAAAUCUUCCAGCGCUGUGACUGUGGUCCUGGACUAGUGUGUCGAAGUCAGGUGACUGGGAACCGACAACACACAAGGCUAAGAGUAUGCCAAAGAAUAUGAGUUGUAAAAACAGAAUCCCAGGCACUAAUUAAUUUUAUUAUUAUUAUUUGUAUUUUGUUUUUUGAGACGGGGUCUCACUGCGCAACCCUGGCUGGGAUGGAACUUGCCAUCAACCCGGCUGGCCUUGAACUCACAGAGAUCUGCCUGCCCCUACCCUCCUGGGUGCUUUUUUUGGGAGGGGGAGGAGUUCUGAGACAGGGUCUCAAUGUAUGUAGCCAGUUUGAGGCUAGCCUCAAACUCAUGAUCUUCUUACCCAAGCAAGUCUUGGGAUUACAGGAGAACACUACACUAGCAUAUAAAUAAAGCCAGAUCUUCCAGCACCUGAAAUACCCAGCUGAGUACUGUGAGAUGCUGAACUGGGACCAAUUACUUUUGGCUUUGUGUCUACUGUCUAGAAUACUGACAAGAUUCUACAAUAAAGCAAUCCUGAUACAGUGCUCAAUUUGUUCAAAUAAAUCUUUUUUAAAAACUGAACUUGUAUGCUUGUGUACAACAUGAUCUUUUGA